AUGGCCGACGAGAUCGACGUUCUCGAACCGGAAUCUCCCUUCGACAACCAGAUUCCAUGUUGUAGCUAUGGACGGGUCCCGGACCCGAUCGUUAUACGGGGUGUGGGGCGGCUGACAAUGUAAGCAUUCGCAUUUUUUCCAGAUUUUUACACUUUAGGAUGGGCAAAAAUCUUGUGUUAGAAAAGGGAUUAAAAUUAUUUCAAUGCCUAAUCGUAUAUUUCACACACAGGUUCGGGUUGAGCUCUCAAUUUGACGCGGAAUUCCCCAAUUCUCUGACUGGUCGUUUGGCUCCGGAAGAACUUCGCGACACGAUGCAACGGAUAAACUAUGUGCUACAGAAGAAGAUGCAUUCGCAUGUGUGCUGGUUGGUCUGCGGGAUUAUGUUUUGCUGCUGCACGCUGGGCUGCUCGUUUUGGCCGUUGAUUUGUAUGAGUCGAAGGGUAAUACCAUUAAUUUCUAAUAGAAAAAUUGAAAAAUUAAUAAUCUUACCCAGUCGAACGUGCUAUCUUAAGUCCACAGCUUCUACUUGAGUCCACUUCUCAAAAAGAAAUAGAUCAAACCCACCAAAGUUCUCUAUUUCUCUUGUUAUCCUUUACAGACCAUCUUCGCUCUGGAGAAAGCCCUCGAUUACGAGAAUCAGCAACUAUACAACCGACUCGGACUCCAUUGGCGACUUGCUCGACGUCCUGUCGAGCACAGCUCCCGCCUCACCGAAUACGUCCUGCUUCUCGAGACCCUUCCGAAGAUGCCGCUGAUGCUACCCGAUUAA